GACGCUGAUCAUCGCGGCCACCGCCAGUGCACGUUCGUCUUGAACGCAAAGCGUUUCGCGUGGUUUCGUCGGUGGCUUUCUCGUCGCGGCGCCUGUGCGCUGAACACUCUCGGGAAAGAAGAAAGAACAAAAGAGAGAGAGAGAGAGAAAGAGAGAGAGAGAGAGAGAGGGAGAGAGAAAAAGAGACACGGCACACUGUGUGUGCUUGUUGUGCGGCAUGACGUCGGCACGACGUGCGUGACGAGGGGAUCGGCGAGUCGAAAGGAUAAAAAGAGAGAGAGAAAGAGUCGCGAUUACUAUGCGAGUCGUCGCGGUCGUCGUCGGCGUCGCGGCGAAAGUUUCCGUAGAUCGAUCGUACCAGCUUCCGCAGCAUUCCUCGAUACCGAUGGCAGCGGCGGUUGUCAUCCCCUUUUCUUUCAAUCCCUAACACCGUUGACGCAUCACGUUUCACGCUGACGCGCCUCCGCGAACGCUCGCGUGCGUCUCUGUGAACAACCGGACGGAAGUUCGUGUAGUUCGCGAGGAGCUCGCUCGAGGAGCGACAUACCGCAGCCGGCGAUAUGUUGGCUGAUGUGCGAGCGUACGAUCUAUAACUCGCGCGGUUCUGUAACAACAGGCACGCUUAACUCGAUCCACGUUGUGAAUAUCUCACGUGCGUUUUUCUCCACGAAUCCGGCGAAAUCGGUUUUCGGGCGAGGACACGAGGACGACCGUUCGUUUUGCGGCGCGGCUCGGCGCGAAUUUCCGAUUAAGCUUUACUCGCCGAGCCGAAGACGUGCGAGCUCGUUUCCAUCGUCUUUCGUUCGCAGUUCAUCUCUGCUUGGGAGCUUAUCCCAAGCUUAUCAUUCACGCACGCCGCGGCCUGUUUCGACGGCGCAACAUCCCGAGAUCGUUAUCCCUCCGGCCGGACGUCAUCCCGAUGAAAUGGGCGCACGCGAUACUCCGGCGAACGGCGGCCGGUGAAAUGUAGAUAGGAAACGGCCCGUUUUUCCCCUCGGACGUGCCCUGGACGUCACUCAACGGCGCAGAUCGCCGCGAUCGCGUCUUACGUCUCGCCGGUCGCUCUUCCGCUCGAUGAACAGCCCAUAGCUCGCGGAAAGGAGCGAAAACUCGGGGAGCGGCGGCGCUUUCUCUCGCGCGCGUGUGCAACAAAUCGCCGGAUCGGAUGAGCUGCUAAACGAACACGUGAGAUUGUGACGCUUGUGGAACGAACCGAAAAAAAGAGGAAAGACAGAGAGAGAGAGAGAGAGAGAGAGAGAGAGAGAGAGAGAGAGUGCGAUGGACAACCUCGUGCGUGGCUCGUAAUCGUGCCGGAAAGACAGCGAGUACGAGUGCUCGACGACGACGAGGAGACGGUGGAGGAGGAGGAGGAGGAGGACACAUCGACGGACGAGCGACGGGCCGUCGAGAUCGAGAGGGCCGAGAGCAAAAUGAAGGCCCCGUUGCUCCUGUUGGGCGGCAUUGUUGUAUUGUCGCUCGCGGUCGCGAGAGCUCUCUCGUGUGUGUGCUCGCCGCUCGAGUGCGACGUUCUCACCAACGACGACUGCCCCGGAGGCCUCAUCUGGGACCCGUGCAGAUGCUGCAAAGUAUGCGCGCGCGUGGAGGGUGAGCCCUGCGGCGGCCUCUUCGGCUUCUCGGGGAGCUGCGCCGUCGGUCUGCAAUGCGUAAUCGUGAAUCUGCUGCACCGCAGCCGGGAAAUGGACGAGGGUGUCUGCACAAAGAUCCCGGGCAGAUGGAGGAGGCACUGUCCGCACGGGCCGAUAAUGUCGGGUCCCGGUUGCAACCUGGUCGGCGAGGGAGUCACAGCCGGGGCCGGGGCCGGGACCGGGGCCGGGGGCGGGGGCGGAAAUGCGGCGGUCGCCGGCAAAUGCGUUUGCGGUCCGUCGGUGCCGUGGUGCCCGGGUGAGCCGCGGCCCUACAUGUACAUGACGCGGCACGAGUGCAAGCUCAAUUUGGAGGCGAAAAUUGCUUACGAUGACCUCUAUAAUUCCGGAGACACGCCGAGCGGGACCGCCAUCGAGGGCACGUCGUUUGGCGAGUCGCGGAGCGAUCGGGAGCAGGUGGGCGACGGAAAAGAAUCGAGACGGAACGGCUGGAAGGACGAGAGGGCCGCGGAGAGCGCGCGGAUCGCCAGCUGGACAGGAGCCGCUCACGGCGCCAAAUGCCCGCAGGACAGUCUGCCGAACGAGAGCGGCGGUUGCAAAUGCGCGGAUUGUCCAGGCGACGGCGACAAGUGCCAACCGGGUCAACGGCCGGUGGCGGCGAAAGGGGCAUUUUCCGGCACCCCCGGCGACUGCUGUCCGCGCUACAGAUGCGUCCCCUCAGAUCAUCACCGAGCCGAGUUCACCUGUCCAGAGGACAGCGUUCUGACGGAUGACGGUGUCUGCAAAUGCGUGCCGACGUGUCCGCCGCCCAAAUGCCGACCUGAUCAACGGCCGGUCGAGGUGCGGGCGGCCAAGCCCGAGACACCCGGUAGUUGCUGCCCCCUUCACGACUGCAAAGCUCUAGAUCCGAUCUCCUGGGCGAAACCCGAGGAGAAGCCGCAGAACUGCCUGCACGAGGGUGUCUCGAGGAAACUCGGCGAGGAGUGGAAACAGAGCGACUGCAUCACCUGCAUCUGCAACGAGGACGGCACCGCGUCCUGCCAGACGACCAUGUGCAAGUCCUGCGAGAACGCGAUACCGCCCGAUCCUGGCGAGUGCUGUCCCCACUGCCCGUCACCGACCAACAUGACCGUCUACAACCGUUUCGACGAGUCCUGCAAGACGUCCUUGCUCGACUGCGAGAUGAAAUGUUUCCACGGCUUCCGCACGGACAAGAAUAACUGUCAGAUCUGCGAGUGCGUCGAUGAUCUGGAGGUCGAGUCCGCGUCGGAUGCGGUGCCCGAGGAUUAUAAAGUCUGUCCGGAGUUGCCGCACUGUGGGCUCAACUGCGACCUCGUCAAGGACGAGGACGGCUGCUCGGUGUGCGCGUGUCAAACCGGCGGGGCGCCGCGUUACCCCACGAACGACACCGCUCUGACGACGAAUAACGACAAGCGGGUAUGCCCCGAGGUGAAGUGCGAUCUCCACUGCGAACGAGGCCUCGUCAUGGACGAGAACGACUGCACCUUCUGCGAGUGCAAGCCGCCCACCGCCGCUUGCCCGCCGCUCGUCGGAUGCAGGAAGCGCUGUAGCUUCGGCUACAAGACGAACAAGCGCGGCUGUCCGAUUUGCCGCUGUCGCGCCUCGUGCAUGGACCAUUUGAACGAGACCCACGCGGAGGGAUCAACCUGGCAUCCGAACAGCUGCACCACGUGCACUUGCGAGACCGGCGGCAGGCUCAAUUGCAAGGAGACCAUCUGCUCGGUCGCCUGCAGUAAUCCAUUGCCGCCGAAACCGGGCACUUGUUGCCCGGUAUGCCCGAUCACUAGCACGAAGGAGAACGAGAUCAGUCAGACAGGCCGAGGCUGGGGCACAGUGCCGAUUACGCUGAUCGUCGUACUCGCGAUGCUGUGCCUGUUGCUGAUCGUUCACAUCGUACGCAGCCGAUUCCGCGGCCGUCUGUCGCCCUCAGAAGCGUCGUACGCGUCGUACCCGCCGCAGUAUUACAAGUGUGUGCCCGUGUACGACACGCCAGUGCAUCGGAACGAGAAGAUCGUACCUCUGUAAAAGACUGUGUGUGUGUGAAGCCCAAAGAGAGAGGGACCGGCCGAGACCGGUCGACAUCGACGAGAACGACCACCGGACGGGAGCGGUCCGCCGGACUAUUUUAUACGCGAUCGCCGGAUAGCCGGCGAUCUAAAACCUCCACGCGACGGCGAUCUAAAACCUCCACUCCGACGCGCAUCGGCGUUAACUCUUAAACGGGACGGAUCUUCCCGCGCUGUGUGCCGCGCGAGCUGAUCUUCAAUUCGCAGCGAAUUCCUCGAACGAGCGAUAAAAAUAACAAUUACAAAGUCACAGAUCGAAUCCGCGCGGUAAUCGCGCGUACGCGCUGAAUUAUUCGCACGCUUAUUUAUGAACAGGCGAGGGAAUGUUUAAGAGUUAAUAACAGAGAGCGCGCAUGAUUUAUAGCUCGACGAUUUAUAGCCUCGCGGCGACAGGACGCUAUCAUCGGCGCGACACGCGCGCGUAAAAACGCCGUUAACGUCGCGCUAAUUCAAGGAUAAAGCGCGGACGCGCGCGAAUACGAGAGCCUCUGUCCAUUUGUCUCUCUCUCUUUGGGUACGGCUGAAAAUACUUCGCGUAGGUUCAGUAUUAAUCCGUAAGCGACGGAGAGUGAGAGUGUUGCAAACUUCGAUGUAAGAGAAAGAGAGCGAGAGAGAGAGAGAGAGAGAGGGGGGGGAGGGAGAGGGAGAGAGAGAGAGAUAGAGAGAGAGAAAGUGCAAGUGGAAGUGGGAGAAGCGAGAGAAAACCGCUAAUUCGCGACAAACUCAUAACACAUUUUGCCGAGAGCUCCUCCUCUCCCUCGUCCCUCUCGUAUAACUUAACUUAAUAUCGUGUAAUCUGUAAAUUAUAUAAUAUAAUUGAACGUAGCGUAAUCUUACAGUUAAUAUAACAUAGGUAAAUGUUAUUAAUGUUAACCCGUAUAGUAGGCCUCUAAAUUAAAUGGGAAAUUCAUAACGGGGAUAAGUCUAAACCUUAGUAUUAGUUCCCUUGAUCUCUGGACCAUCAUUACUAUCUCGCGUGUUGUAUCAACGAGCGUUUGUAUGAGGAUGAAAAAGAAAACAUUUUUUUUCCGUCUCUUUCCUGGUCGCGCUCUACUUUGCCUUUUCCUCUUUCUACGGAUGUUUAGAUUCUCGCGGCGAUUCGACGCGCAAUCGACGAUCGAGUGUCUUUUCCUUCAACGAGCUUAAGAAGAAAUCCUUUUUUUAUUCAUUAUUUAUAUUUCCUCGUAUUCCAAGGAUAUUAUUAUUCAAUAUGUUAGAUUUGUUCACCGCGCGGCACGUUGUUUCGCGCAUUUCCUAGUAGUAACCCUUGGGUAUGCUUGUAUCUUUUUUUUUUGUUUUGCUUUUUCUCACGAUAAUGAGGCGCAGUUUGCGAAUUCCCCGAUUGUUUAACUGUGAAUUAUUUAUCCAGACCGACCUGCCGCGCGUGACUCGUGAGAGCAAGUUUUAUAGACUUAAUCACUUAGGCUUAGCCGUUAACAGCUGUGUUAUUAGACUGUUCCUAUGUUCUACUUUUGAUUAUUAAUGCAGGACCCUCUCUCUCGCUCGUACUCUCGCAAUUUCGUGGAACGCAAUGUGUAAUAUUUAUAUAUCCGAGGAGUUCUUUAAUUGCGUUGUAAUCGCGAAACGAGGACGCCGAAGAUUCGUCGUCUACCGGUAGCGUGGGCGUCGAUCGCAGCCACGACUCGCAUCGCGACGGAAGAAAGAGACGUAUGUACACCCACGUACACACAUAUGCACACACGAGACGGACACAUGUGUACAUAUACCGUAAAAGUUUAGAUUAAGGCGAGCGACACGACGCGCGAGAAAAACCCCUCUUUGAAACUCCGUCGCGCGGUACUAUCGACUUUGAAGAUUUGUGCGAUUUGCGUUCGGCGAUGCAAACGGAAAUAACGGCGCGCGCGGAUCACGAUAGCGAGCGUUUUAUGGCGUGUAUGUACAUGUAUAUAUGUACACACACGCACGCAUGUACGCGCGCGCGCGCGCGUGUACACACACACACACACACACACACAUACACACGAGAUUACGUUCCACAAGUUCUUGGUUGCUUGUACAUAUGCGCCCGGAAGUUUCGCUCUCUCCGGUGGCUUGGUGAAAUUCUCGGGUGGUGACCCGAAUUAUUUUCGGACGUAUUAAGCUAACAUCGCACGCUUGAAUAGACGCACCUUGUUCGCACAUAUUUCAUACCGCGGUGACGAGCGUGUGCGCGCGCUCAGCAACGAUACGCUAGUUAAGAUAAGAUAACGCGGCAGCACGUGCAACGCGAGAUGAACGUGGUGCGGGGACGCGUGAGAAACGCGAGCGGAAACGACGCGCGAAAUCGAGAGGACUCGGGCUCGGACGGGAGAAGGUACGAAAGAAGGAAGAAGGAGAAGGAUAGAGAUGAAGAUUGAGUUGACAAGAUGGAAGACGGGGGCACCGAGAUCGUCGAGACUUGUCGAGCGAUCGUCCUCGAGCACGGAACGACAACGCGCCACCACCACGAAACGAACCAUACAUAUCCAUGUGCUUAAACACAUACGCACGUAGCUCGUCUUCUUCCUCCCCUCUCCCCCCUCCCCUCCUCGACAGUCCCACCCCAAUGACCCCGUAAUUAAAACACAUAUAUUUUUUCAAUGUGACACUCUUGUCUUUACAUAUCUCUCGUGUAACCGUGGUAGCCUACAUUAGACUUAUUUAUACGUUAAACUACGCGUGUAAUCGCACGCGUAUGUGCAUAUCUUACGUUAUCGUCUAAUAAAUAAACCGCAGGCUGUAUCUCGCACGUGUGUAUGUACUUCGGAGACAAUAUCUAUGUAGUGUAUCGAGACGAGGCAAACCCAGGAGGAUGUGCGCGCGCGUGUGUGUGUGUGUAUCUAUAUAUAUACAUAUACAUACAUACAUAUAUAUAUAUAUACACACACACACACACACAUACACGCACACAUGUACUAUCUGUAAGGAUUAUUCUUUUCGUUGUUAUCGUAACGCAGGAUGUUCGUAACAAUAACGUCGACAGGUAACAAUAACGACAAACGAUAACGAUAGUAAUAAUAAUUUAGCACACAUAUACACAGCCGGUCCUCGGUGACGAGCACACGAACUUACCACACAGUAAACGGUGCAGCAUACAAUAAAAAUUUGUGAUAAACGGGAUUCGGACGUUUCGUCUGCGCUUCGCGAGCGAAUGUUUGCGAUCUCUCUCUGUCUCGAGAAAAUUUUGUAACGUACCGACGCCCGCAUCCACUUCCCGCCCCCGUAUCCCCAUGUAUCCCGCCCCAUCCUCUCCAGGAUUUGCGAUUUACCGGUCCAGCAUGUUCGAUUUAUUCUCCCGACUUCGAACCGGCACCGACCUGGCCGGGGAGGAAGCAUCUAAUGACGCCGUUUAAUCAAUCGCGGCGACGAAGAAGCGGAUUAAACGCGGCUCGCUUUUCUUUUUUGCCGACCUCGUCUGCAAAAAGCGAGGCGAAUCCGCGCUCGUUUCGCGGCGAAGAACUAAGAGGCGACGCAAAUGUCACGUUUUGACGUCAAUCGAUUCGACCGACGUUUAAAAUUUGCCGUUCAAACUUGAGGUGAAAUUACAUUAUCGCGUGUAAUCUGUGUCGUUGAAAAUAAAGAGAAAGAGAACAGGAGAAAAAGAAAUAUACACUGAGGAAAUAUGCUGUAUUUAUAGAAAAUUUGUAACUUAAGACAUCACACGGAGUGUACGAUGGGAACACAUUUUAUAUCCCGCGCUAGAUGCCUGAUUACCCGCCUCGAGAUGACAGAGCCUAAUCUAUAAGGUGUCCCGAAAAAGUCGUAUGGAGUGGUCCGUAAAAUGGCGGUAUAACUAUUUAUUCGGUGAUCGAUGUAUACGCGUGUAUAUUUGUUUGUAAAUCUGAAGUUAACUUUUCCCAAGCGAAAAUUCCAAGCAACGCAUUACUACUCGAAUCUCUUACAACGUUGAAAAUACAAAAUUUCUGACCGUUAAAUUUUGUUUCUGUACCGUUGAACGCAGUACUCUGAUGUACGAAAACGAGGUUCUUGAUUUUUGCUAAAUCACCAUCAUGAAAUUCAAAGGAGAAAUAUGCUACGCGCGUACACUUUCUCGCGAUUUAUAUGGGAGGACACAUUAUUGAGAUAUUAGAGAAUAGAGGAAGAGAGACUUACAGUUUUAUGAAUCGAGCGUUACGACCGGUUUUUGAAUGCAGCAGCCACGAACAAAUCGAGUAGUAUUGACUUGUGCGCUCUUUGUACAAAUUCCCUGUAACGUGAUCAUAUCAGUGUAACUUAGAUUUACUUAACAUAUACGUACAUUAUACAGCUAUACAUACUGGACGCGCAAUGUUGAAAAAUAGCUCUUGUAUGUUAAAUAAACCGAGAUUAAAUAAAAUUGUUGAUAUGUGAUGUUGUAAUCGGAAAUUCGAUGCAAAACACGCGCGCGAAGCUUUCGUUAUUUUAAUUCCUUUUUAAUUCCUCCGUUUAUGCGCAUAUAUUCAAAUAAUGUAAAUCACCGUAUCGCUGGUAAGAAUAAACAAUACGAUCUUCCUAU